AUGAAUCUAUUUGACUCGGAAGAUGGAGCCUUAUGCUCUAAGUGGCUCAAUACGAGGCCACAAGGGUCAGUGGUGUAUGUAGCAUUUGGGAGCUUAGCUGAGCUGAAUAAUAUGCAAAUGGAGGAGCUUGCUUCAGCAAUAAGCAACUUCAGCUUCCUCUGGGUGGUCAGAUCUUCAGAGGAGGAAAAGCUCCCAUCAGGGUUUCUUGAGACAGUGGAUAAAGACAAGAGCUUGGUCUUGAAAUGGAGUCCUCAGCUUGAAGUUUUAGCAAACAAAGCUAUUGGGUUGUUUCAUGACUCACUGUGGCUGGAACUCAACCAUGGAAGCGUUGACCUUUGGGGUGCCAAUGGUGGCUAUGCCUCAAUGGACAGAUCAACCGAUGAAUGCAAAGUACAUUCAAGAUGUGUGGAAGGUUGGAGUUCGUGUAAAGGUGGAGAAAGAAAGUGGGAUUGCCAAAAGAGAGGAGAUUGA